UAUUCGGGGUCCUUCAAAGGUCUUUUGAGUGCAUGUGGCGCGAUAUGGGAAACUGAGUGGAAAUAGUUUGACAGCAGGAGAGCCGAAGAAAUUAUAAUCGCCGUGUGGCUCUCUAUUUAUCCAGCCAUGUUUUCUACAGAGCAAAGUUGUUGGUUUGUCCGCAAGGUGAUUUGCUGGAGAGCUGCGGCCAGUAUUGCUUGGGCUGUCCUGUUGUUGCCACCCAUCACAGCAGUUUUUAUAAUCCUCAGCAGGUUCAGUUUUCUCCAUCCCAUCCACACGAUAUCAGAAUGCUUGUCCUUGCUAACGAGUGCGAGUGCCAUCUUCUCCUUCAUCCUGCUGUGUGGAGUGAUCCUCAUGGUGGGAUUCCUGAACCUGGAGUAUUAUACAGUCAUUCCAACUAUUGCAUGCUCAAAGAUCGCCCUGUUGGGUCAGCUGCUCCACCCUCGUCAGUUUGUCAGCUCCGUGGUCCACUGUAUCAUGGGAAUAAUUGUGGCUUGGUGUUGUGCCAUCACCAUUGGGGGAAGAUAUGAGACGCUCGGCUAUCCGUGCAUACAGAGUGAUGGUUCCCCUCAGAUGUGUCUCAAUGAGUAUCAACUCAUCCUUCUGCUGGCUGGAGCCUUUGUUGGAUUUUCUCACAGUCUGUUGGGUGUGAUCCACAACAUGAACUAUGUCUCCUUUCACACUGUUCAGCAAUACAAAUACCUUCGCUUCAAGGGAUCCCUGCCUUUGGUGGUGAAGUGCAGCGCCAUUCAAGCACUUUACUCGAUCAGGAACUACAUUGUUGUGUAUUUCUUUUUGGGAUACAUUCCAAGAGCAUGGAUCUGUAAAACACUGAAUCUGCAUUUGACGAGCUCUGCCCACCCGCUUGACAGCAUUGCUGGACUGCUGGACCUCUCCCUGUUCUACCACCUGUGGAUCAGUGCCACCUUCCUCCUCUUUACAUGGUACAUCACACUGCUGCUCUUUAGGAUCUUUGUCACUGAGGUGUACAGUUUUCCUGUGCAGUCAUCUUUUACUGAAGAUGCCCAUCAGUGUCUUCCCAAGGUUCUUCUUACAGACAAGCAGCCAAUGAUAUUAAAGUUCCUAGCUCUGCAGGACUUGGCUCUGCUGUCUCAACACUCACCAUCACGACGCUGUGAGGUCUUCAGUCUGAGUCAGCCAGGUGGCCACCCUCAUAACUGGAAUGCCAUCAGUGGGGAGUGUCUGUCACUGCUGGCUGAUCUGACCCAGAGACUUGUAGCCUAUCACGACACUGUGGCAACCAAUGGCAGGGCCAAAUCGCUGUCUACUGGGAGUGAAAGGAAGACCUCAUCAGAGACAUCCGUAACCUCAGGAACAGAGGAUUUGAUGUCCCCGAGGCCCACUCUGCUUAUGAAAACUCCAGCCUCAGUCUUUGCCCGCUCCAUUGUUGGAGGCCCACAGAGCCCUCUGACGGCACCAUUCACUCCUGACCUGGACAGCCCCUUUGCCUCUCCAGCCCUGCGGCGCCUCACUGCUCCAGUAGAACAGUGCUCACCAUGGCACGGCACAGUGCAGAGCCCACACAUCAUGAGGAGAGCGCCAAAACUCUGGUCCACCUCCACAGAUUCACAGGUCAAUGGCAGUUUCCCACCAUCCCCUGCCUCAGUUCCCAGUCCCAAGCAGGAAGCCUCCAAACCAAGUCUCCUGGCUCAGUUCCUGCAGAACAGAAAAGAACAGGUUAAAAAUUUCUUGGCAAAGCGGGUGCUGAUAAUGUAUUUGUUUAACAAGCUUCCAGAAGCCUCCAGUCAAGCUCUGUUUGCUGACAGCCAGGCUCACAUCUGGGCUUUAGAAGGUCUGUCUUACCUUGUUCAGGCCUCCUUCUCAGAAGACCAUUUUGGGGUUGUACAGACUGCAUUACCCAGCAUUCUCAGCUGCAUGCUGGUCUUGCAAGAGGCUGUAGAUCGCCACUUCAAGCUGCCUCAUGCCUCCAGCAAGCCCGUCAGGUCAACCAGCAGCAUAGGAGACUCGACUUACAAAACACUGCGCUUUGCUUUAAGGGCCACACUCAAGACUGCCAUCUACAGGAUAACAACCACUUUUGGAGAUCACUUAAAUGCUGUUCAGAUGUCUGCAGAGCACCGGAAACGACUGCAGCAGUUUCUGGAGUACAAGGAAUAACACACCUGACACUCGGCUCCUGUGCCUUUUGGAUUCUUAUCAGUGUGAUGUGAUGUGCGUGUGAACACAUCGGCUUAAGCGAGGCAACAAGUGAAAGCUCAUGAUGGUGCCUCUUUUAAUAUUUAUGUCUGCACUAUGUUGUGGCAGAUUGUAUUUGAUAGGCUAGAUCACAUCUCCUACAUGCAUAAGGUGGGGGCAGGACUCCAGCUGACAGACUGCACCAGGUUGGCAGGGGUUGUAAAAAACUGUCACCUCCUGUGUUGGAGAUUUAAACCAGCUGACUGCAUGGAGUAGCAACUCAUUCCAAAACAUGUUUGUUUCAUUUGUUUAAAAAAAUAAUAUCACGGUAUAUUAUAUUUGAUUUUUGUUCAUUUGGGAUGAGUUGUGAAGAGCUAUUUGUACUACAUUAUGUACAAGUUGUUUUGGUUUCAUACUUGAUCUGCUGUCUUCUUGAAUUAUAUCCUUGUGAUUUCAAAACAUUUUGUAUCAAGUGAGAUGAGUGAAAGAAAUGGCCCAAAUUGUAAGAGUAGCCAGCAGGAAUGUAUUAUGUGUUAAUGAGAUCUUUUCAGUUUACAGUGUGUCUGAAAUGUGCUCUGAAAAUGUGUUUUCUUAGAUCUGGUUUUGUUUUAGACACCGUCCUGGAGAGCUGGUUUCACAACUGUGCACAUCAGUCCAGGUUUGUUUUCUAACUAGAAAACACUACAAUUGGGUUUACAAAUCAGAUAUCUCUGUACUUGUAGACUAUUGUUUUGUUCAUGUGAAAUACAGCUGUCAUUUAUGUCAGAUCAGGAUGGUGAGUGGUUACAGUUGUGGGUAAAUGUCACUGCCAACAUGAGUUUGAGUUUUCAGAGACCUGUUGAAUAAAAACAUGAUAUAAAGAUCA